AUGGCCCGUAAAGCUGUGUCCACCCCACCUUCCAAGAAGGUUCCUUCGCGCUCGCCGAUCCUGACUAGGACCCGUACUAAGAAGGUUAGCCAGGAGCUGAUAGACGAGUCAAAGCCAGAGAAAAAGAAAGAAGAAGCCAAGUCUGAACUGGAAAACGAUGAAAUUGAGCUUCCUAGUGACAGUGACAGCUCUGACAACGCCGAGGAGCUCGAGGGCUUUGAGUCUGCUGAUGACGAGGAAAGCAAAGAACAGGAUAACGUCACUAAGACCAAGCACACGGUGCACACCGUGACAAAGCCUGUUGAGACCGCUAACAAGAACUCCUCAAAACCCAGCAUCAAGUCCAAGCAUGGUGUGAUAUAUGUGGGCAGACUGCCUCAUGGAUUUGAGGAGAAGGAGCUGAAGAAAUACUUCAGCCAAUUUGGAGAAAUUAUCAGACUGAGACUCUCGAGAAACAAAAAGACGGGAAAGUCGAAACAUUACGCUUUUAUCGAGUUCGAGCACGCAGAAGUGGCCAAGAUUGCUGCGGAAACCAUGAACAAUUACCUGCUGUUUGAGCAUCUCCUCCAAUGUGCCGUUGUGCCUCCUGAAAAAGUGCAUGAGAACCUGUUCCAGGGAGCCAACUCCAAGUACAAGCCCGUGCCGUGGAGCAAGAUUGCGCAACUCAAGAACGACAGGCCUAAAUCCAAGGCCCGGUGGGAAAAACUGCAAAAGAAGUACCAGGAGCAGAACCAGAAAAGACUCCAGAAACUCAAGCAGCAUAAUAUCGAUUACGAUCUCAGUGCUCUAUAG